ACACAAAACCCCUGAAUCCCAGUCUAUAUAUUCAUGAACAGCUUCUGAAUCCAUUCCACCCAGGCCGGACACGGACAGCACGCCUGGCUUGGUCUAUUACAACAUACUUUCAUUCACCAUGUCUCCGACCAGCCUUCACUUCCUGAAUUUUCCCUGCAUUUUUCUCUUCGUUUUCUUCCAAAUGUUUAUCCCCUUUGCCCAUCCACUUUCCUUCCGUUUUGAUCGUGAUUUCGGUAAUCUAAACAUCAGCUAUGAAGGCGAUGCCAAGCAUUCCAGCGGAAAAAUUGUGAUCCCCGCAUCAGAUUCGCAGUAUCGCGUGGGGUGGGCUAACUACCCCAAGCCCCUGCACCUAUGGGACAGCUGCUUAACGGGGAGUUAUGGGGCCGACUUUACAACCCAUUUCUCUUUCACCAUUGACAAUGUUAAUGUUAGCGGGCCUAGCGGCGGCCUUGCCUUUUUUCUGGUUAGUGUUGGGUACGACCUUCCGCCCAACUCUGCUGGUGGAGAACUGGGAUUAUUCAACUCCACCAGCGACUCCGACAUGACCAAGAACCGUAUCGUGAUGGUUGAGUUCAACACUUCGAUGCAGCUCGUUGGAAUCUGUGAAAACUCACCCCAUUCAUCCGACAACAAAAGUUGGGAUGUUAAAUCGCAUGCUGGGAAGACGGCUAACGUGUGGAUAACUUACAAAGCUUCGACCAAGAACCUUAGUGUGUUCUGGACAUAUGAGAAUAACCCUGUUUUCAUGGGUAAUUCCUCUCUUUCUUCCAUUCUCGAUCUAAAAGACGUUCUGCCCCAGUAUAUAAAGAUUGGUUUCUCAGCUUCUACAGGCUCGACGCAUGAGCGGUAUACCAUUCAUUCAUGGGAUUUUCACUCAAAUUUGACUCAAAGCUGCAAUAAAAUGAGGAGGACAAUUUUGGCAACGUCUGUUGCUGCGGGUUUCUUGAUUAUGAUGUUGCUGAUGAGCAUCAUCAGUUGGAUAGUUCUGAAGAGGAGGAGAAUCGGCAAUGAUCAAAGCAAUGGAAAUGACGCGGAUUCAGAAUCCUCCAUAAGUACAAAUCUUGAGAGAGGAGCGUUGCCCAGGAAAUUUUCUUACCUAGAACUAUUAGCAGCCACCAACGGUUUUGCCAAGGAUGGAAGGCUAGGACAAGGAGGGUCUGGCCUAGUCUACAAAGGAACGUUGUCCGAUCUAGGACGCCCAGUUGCUGUGAAGAGAAUCUUCACUGAAUCCGAACACUCUCAGUCUCUAUUCAUCAACGAGGUGAAGAUAAUUAGUCGUUUAAUACAUCGGAAUCUGGUUCAGUUCAUCGGGUGGUGUCAUGAGCAAGGUGAAUUCUUGCUUGUUUACGAGCACAUGACUAAUGGCAGCCUCGAUCAUCACCUCUUUGGCAAGGGAGAAGCGCUCCCAUGGAAUGCCAGAUACAAGAUAGCUUCAGGCUUGGCCUCAGCCCUUCAUUAUCUCCAUGAAGAAGCGGAGCAGUACUGUGUCCUUCACAGAGACAUCAAGUCUGCUAACAUAUUGUUGGACACAGAUUUCAGCACCAAGCUUGGUGAUUUUGGGGUUGCUAAGUUGGUGGAUCCUCGGUUGACUCCUCGGAGAACUAGCGUGGUAGGGACUUAUGGCUACUUGGCCCCGGAAUAUGCAAAUGAAGGGAGGGCCAGUAAAGAAUCAGACAUGUUUAGUUUUGGAGUAGUGGCUUUAGAAAUCGCUUGUGGCAGGAGAACUUUUCAGGAUGGAGAAUUUCAUGUCUCACUUGUGACGUGGGUUUGGGAGCUCUACCUUGCAGGAGAUAUUCUCAAAGCAGCUGAUGAGAAAUUGGGCAUGGAUUUUGACGAGGAUGAAAUAAAACGCUUGUUGGUUGUGGGAUUAUGGUGUGCUCAACCAAAUGACAGGGAAAGGCCAAAGGCAGGGCAAGUAAUUAAGGUUCUUCGGUUUGAAGCACCGUUGCCAGAGCUUCCACAUGACAUGCAUGACCCUGGGUUUCAUCAAUUUCUCCCUCAAUCCCAGGAUCAAAGUUAUUCCUUUCAACUUACCUCAAGCCUCGACGACUUGGGUCGGUAAAGUAGUGGUGCUGCUGCAAAUACCAAGCAAAACCCUGCUGGAAUUUUUACUGUUUUUCCCAGUCGGACCCUUGUAUAAUUUCGCCCCUUGAAACUCAUUACAUUAUUUUCCAAGUUAGGCAACCAUCAACUAGGAGUUUUUUUCUGGUAAUUUUUCCCAGAUAAAUGUUUCUAUGGAAUCUCUUAUUUUCUUCUCGAACAAUAUUUUUUUGUUGUUGUUGUU